CUAGUCAGUACCUGUCUAUUUAAUUUCAUACCGCAAAAUAUUUCUUCUGUAGGAAGUUUAUAUACUCUUUGAUAUCGUAGUUUCCAUUACAUGACACUGAAUAUCGGAAUUCGCACAUUAAAAAUUGGUUUGUCAAGAGUUAGAAAUUAACGAGUUAUUACAGAAGUGGGGUAAUAAAUUCGUUUGCGAUAUCAGUUUUGUGAUUUUUCUUCUAUACUAAACAUAAAAAGAUGCCAAACAUUAAAUUGCAGUCGUCAGAUAAUGAAAUAUUUGAUGUUGAUGUGGAAAUCGCCAAAUGUUCGGUUACAAUCAAAACUAUGUUAGAAGAUUUGGGUAUGGACGAUGACGAGGAGGAAAUAGUUCCUUUACCCAACGUAAAUUCUGCAAUUUUAAAGAAAGUAAUUCAGUGGGCAACUUACCAUAAAGAUGAUCCUCCUAUACCAGAAGAUGACGAGAACAAAGAAAAGCGUACCGAUGAUAUUUCGUCUUGGGAUGCAGAUUUUUUGAAAGUUGAUCAGGGUACUUUAUUCGAAUUAAUUUUGGCGGCUAACUAUUUAGAUAUAAAAGGGCUUUUAGAUGUCACUUGCAAGACAGUAGCGAAUAUGAUUAAGGGUAAGACACCUGAAGAAAUUCGUAAAACCUUCAACAUUAAAAAUGAUUUCACAGCAGCUGAAGAAGAACAAGUUCGCAAAGAAAAUGAAUGGUGUGAGGAAAAGUAAAAUGUAGAUUUUAACUAAAGUCUAAGUCUCGAUCCAUCUAGGAGAAAUUUAAGUUUAAACUUUUGACCAUUUCCUUAUGAUGCUGUUAAAACAACAUUUAUUUAUCUACAAAAUAUUUCAGUAAAUAUAAAAUCAUAAAUUACUACAGUAUCUUUCUCAUUAACUUAAUCGCAUGACAAAAAUAAAUGUAUUUCCAAUGAAUAUAGGUGCUUCAUACCUACUCAUGUAAUCUAUUUAAGUUUCAGGUUUCAUAUAAUAUGUAGAGAAGUGAUCAAUGUUGUGUGUACAUUUAGUUUUUAGUUAAAAUCUUUAAUAAUAAUUAAGGCUUUAUGGCUAGAAAAGCUUGUGAUUUGGUGUAAUUUAAAAUAUAUGUUUUAAAUGAA